AUGCAUCCUCGACAGCCCAGCGGUCCCGGUUCCACCGAUGCCAUGGAGAUCUACGAUCGUAUGCACACUCCCAAACACGAGCAUGACUCUUCCGACACCUCCACUGCUGCUUUUUUAUCCGUCGAUGAACAGCACCAGACGCUCACCAGCGUGCCCGAAGACUCGCAGCUCGACACUCGAUUGCCUCCAGCAGCAAACGCCUCGGCAUUUGAUGCAAGCACGUCGCAGACACCACCGCGCUCUUCACAGCAUGGGAGUCCAGGCGGGCGACGCGUAGACAAGCUUGCCACCUCGUCCUACGGCCUCGUUCAACCAGGUGGGCGCCCAGAUGCUUCAGCUAGCAAGUCCUCCGAUGUUUCGAAACCGCUUCCAGGCCUGCCAGGUGGGCCCACCAAUGCCGAACAGAGCUUCCUCCCUGCUACCAGCAGCCGGCUUGCAUCGUCUUCUCUCGGUCAGUCUUCUUCGGUCAUGGACAGCUUGGUGGACCACCGCGCACCAGCCGUCGAGAAUCUCCCACCUCAGCACAUCCCGCGCCCCAUCGGAGGCUCGAGCGCGUCAGCCUCGCCAAUGCGCACCCCACCCAGACAGGCCGCCUACGCAGGUGCACCGCCAGGUGUUGAGCCGCUGACCAUGCCCACGUCCAUCUCCGUUGGCCCCUUCUCUCCGCCCGACGCCGACCCGCAGCGAUCCAUGAUGGACAGCAAUCGCAACAGCAUCGAGGACAUCCGCCGCAACCACGCAGCCAGAGCAGCAAAGCGCCAGUCGCACAACCCGGUCCCGCUCGACUAUCAACCCAGCAACGGACUUGUCCCCGACGCCGCUUUUACUCCCAUCCGUGGGCAUGGACAGUACUCGAGCGAGGCCGCCUCCGUCGAUCAGGCACAACGAAAUCGCAGGGCCAUGACGGUCGAUGCUGCGCGUCCUGCCAGCGUCAUUGACAAUCGCGCUGCACGCAUAGAGGCUGUCCAACGUCACCAGCAGCACUCGCGCGUCGCCGAAGGUAGCAGCGACGCCUUCGAUGCUGCAGACACCUUGGGUUCUUCGUCCAGGGACACACACAUCGACCGAGCAUCGCAGCAGCAACUGCAACUUCGUGCUGCGAGGGAACAACAACUUGAACAGCACCAGCAACAACAGAAGCAGCAGCAGCAAAUCCUUCGUGAUCAGGAACGCGAGAGAGAGCAUGACCGUCAACGAGAGCGGGACAGGCUCAGAGAGAAGGAGCGUGAACGCGAACGAGACAAGGAAAAAGAGCGUAGCGACAGGGACCGCGAUCGCGAACGACGCAGUCGCCGUAUGCUCGGUGACUACGCGCUCGGCAAGACGCUUGGUGCUGGAAGCAUGGGCAAGGUCAAGCUCGGUGUCAAGAUGGGCAACGGCGAGAAGGUGGCCAUCAAGAUCAUUCCUCGUCACACUUCCAUGGCCGCUGCUCACUCGCGCAGCAAUGUGGACGAGAAUGGAAAGCCGCAGCCGCCACAGCCCACUCCGACCGCCUCCUUCCUGGCCAAAGCAGCCGCCAAGGACCAGUCCAAAGAGAUCCGCACCAUCCGAGAAGGCUCUCUGCAGAUCCUGCUUCAUCACCCGUACGUCUGCGGCAUGCGCGAGAUGAUCAUCCACACCAAUCACUACUAUAUGGUCUUUGAGUACGUCAACGGCGGUCAGAUGCUCGACUACAUCAUCAGCCACGGCCGCCUCCGGGAACGAAGUGCACGAAAGUUCGCCCGACAGAUCGGUAGCGCUCUCGAAUACUGUCAUCGUAACAGUAUCGUUCAUCGCGACCUCAAGAUCGAAAACAUCCUCAUCUCCAAGACUGGAAACAUCAAGAUCAUCGACUUUGGUCUCAGCAACCUCUUCUCGCCUCACUCGCAUCUUUCCACCUUCUGCGGCUCGCUCUACUUUGCUGCACCCGAGCUGCUCAACGCCAAAGUCUACACGGGUCCCGAGGUCGAUGUCUGGUCCUUUGGUAUCGUGCUCUACGUCCUCGUGUGUGGUAAGGUGCCCUUCGAUGAUCAGAGCAUGCCCGCUCUGCACGCAAAGAUCAAACGCGGACAGGUCGAGUACCCAGCAUGGCUCAGCGGCGAGUGCAAGCACAUUCUAUCACGCAUGCUUGUCACCAACCCGGCCAACCGUGCCACUCUCGCUGAGAUAUUGGCCCACCCCUGGAUGGUCAAAGGCUACGAGGGUGCUCCUGACCCGCACUUGCCGGAUCGCACGCCGCUUCGACCCAACAACAUCGAUCCGGAAGUCAUCAAGGGCAUGACCGGCUUCGAAUUCGGCACACCGGAGGCAAUCACUGCCAAGCUCAUGGAGGUGCUCACCAGCGAGCCCUACCAGACUUCGCUAUACCACUGGGAGAUCAAGAACCUGCCCGCCACCUUCCACGGUCUCAGUGCAGCUGGUCACAGUGGCUCGUCCGUCGAUUCGUCCGGCCUCAACAGGCUCUCGACUCGUGGUAGCAUCACAGGCACAGACACGGUCAAGUCCAAGACGGCAUCCAAACGCUUCUCUGGCAUCGAUUUCUACAAAAAGAAGCUCACCAGCAACCCUCUGGCAGCUGCAUUCGGAAGCAAGGACGAUUCGUCGCUGAACUCGGCCAACGGAAGCUCCAACGGUCUGGGUGCAGGGACGGGUCUGAUGCCGUUUGGCAAGGAGCCACUGGACCCGACACGCGGUUUCCACCCGCUCAUCUCGAUCUACUUCCUCGUCAAGGAAAAGAUGGAGCGAGAGCGUCUCUACGGCCACUCGUUCUUUGCCUCGUCCAAUCUGUCGCUCAAUGGUCCUCCUGCCCCGCCAGCCGGUGUGCGUGCUGGCGUGGACACGGGCUCUCGCGCAGCCAUGGCUGGUGCGAUGCCCACCGCCGCCGACAUUCCGCAGGAAGCGCUUCGCGUGCCCGAGGCACCGCACGUCUCCCACCGAGCCUACGAUCGUCAGGACCCAGCCCUCGUCGCUCCUGCGCCGCCUCGCCCGGCAGCAUCGAUGAUGCCCGUCCCCUCAUCGCCGACGCCCGUCUUCGAGUCGCGGGAGAAGUCCAGACCGACGGGAAUCAUGGCCGGACCGCCGCGAGCCCGAGCCAACGCAGAGGAGAUGGAAGCUGCUUUGCGCGAGAAGGGCCUGCCUUCGCCCAACGAAGCUGCCUUUGCUCCCAGCAUCAGCGGUGUCGCGCAAGCACCCACGGCGAGCACCAUUGGAAAGCGUUCCUCGUUCGCCAUGGCACCUGCGGCUGAGCCUUUCGCGGCUCAGAACAACCGCCACUCGAUGAUGACCCCCGACACGAGCAUGGCGAUUGCCAACGACCACAAGAGGAGUGUCAGUCUCACCGCUCGUCGACCGGGAGCGGGUCGCACAGCUGAGAGCGCUGCCUCAGGCGCGGCUAGCGUCGAGAACAAGCGGAUGUCGAUGAUCAACCCGUCGCGCGCCGACAAGCGAGCCUCGUACAUGCCCUCAUCAUCCGCAGCCAAUGCCGACGUGGCCGAAACUCCCGCUGCCGCCAACACGAGCUCGACGCUGGGCUAUGGUGCGACGCUCGCCCGUCGCUUCAGCAUGCUCAUGAGCCGCUCUCCAUCGUCGCCGCUCGACGCUGAUGUCAAGGAGCGCAAGAAGCAGAGCCGCAUGAGCAUGCCCUUCGGCGGUCUUCAGCCUCAGCCGCAGCGACGAGCCAGCGCGCACAACGCUCUCAGCGGCGUGGAGGAAGCUGACAACGGACCGGAAGGCGAUGCGUACGAUUACGACGAGACGGCAGAGGAGAGCCUGGCGGUGCAGGACGACGACGUUCCGCUCAACAACGGCACCAAGGUGCGUCGAUCGGGCACGUUGGGCGACAUGCCUCCUUCUCGAGCUGGUGCUCGACAUACGCGGGAAGUCUCUUUGGGUGCCGUGUCGGUCGGACGAGCUGCGGGGCUGUCGAUGUCACCCAAGUCGUCCGGGACCGCUCGUGGGAACAGGGGCAUGUCCAUGUCGACCAGCGCCCCGCUCGACAAGAUGUUCGAAGACGAGGCUGCUGGCGGGCAAGGUGAGCAGCCCGCGCUGGAGCAGCAGGUGAGUCCGAGCAACCCGAGCGGCGGCUGGGUCGGUCCCACGACGCCAGGACAGGCCGAGGUGCUCCCCGCUCUCACCAUGCGACGUCGCUUCGGGGGUGCCAUGUCCCCCGGAGGAGGAUCGCAGAACGGCGCCAGCGAGAACGGUUCCAAACCCAUCUUCCUCAAAGGCCUCUUCAGCGUUCAGACGACCUCGACGAAACCGCGAACGGUGAUCCAUGCAUCGCUCGUUAAGGUGCUGGACCGCAUCGGCGUGCAGUACCGCGAGAUCCGGGGUGGAUACGAAUGCGUCCAUCUGCCGAGCCUCGACUUCUCAGGGUCGGACUCGAUGGGUCGCGGCAACGCGCGCAUUCCGCUCGAGGCGAUGGCUGCUGCUGCCGCUGCGGAGGCGGAGGCAUCGGGUCAAUCGCCCACUUCGGAAGACGGUCGACAGCCAAAACGCAAGCCGAGUCGGUUGUCUUUCGUGGCUGGCAAGAGCAAGGAUCGUGCUGGCACGGGUCGCAGAGACGGGUCUGUGACGGACAACAUCGGCGCCGUCCCCGCUGGUACGGUUCGAAGUCGCACACCCUCCCUCACGAGCAAUGUUGCGUUGGCAAACGCCGCCCAGGCCGGUGGGGAGAGCACAUCGUCCAAACCGUCGCUGCUCACCUCGCCGCGUCAAGGGGCCGAUUCGGUGGGCGCCGGUUCCCACCUUCCGCCCUCGGGAUCGCGCGAUUCCAACCUCAUGCUCGACACCAUCGAAGGUUCUGCUCAGGUAGGAGCGGCGGGGGCAAAGACCAUGAACGCAGCCAACGCCACCGAGCUCGCUGUUCGCUUCGAGAUAUUUGUCGUCAAGGUACCCCUGCUGCUCGGCGUCAAUGGGCUGCAGUUCAGAAGGGUCGGUGGCAACCCGUGGCAGUAUCAGAUGCUGGCCAAGCGCAUCCUGCAGGAGUUGAAGUUGUAG